AUCUACACCUCCAUGUCAUUAUUGUUGAUCCCCUCAUUCUUUUCGCGAUACAGCUAGAAAUACGCAUGAGAUACCCAUACUCCUAUUGCAAGCGCAGUAGAUUUUCUUCCAUCUUCUUACUGAAUGUCUUUUAAUGACAUCCUUCAUGCUUCUAUUUUCUAACUCUGUGUAUACUCGUAAUCACAUUUAAUCCGACCCUCCUCAUUCUCCGUUUGCCUCUAUCCUCUAUCUGCUGCGCUGACCUGGCGCAAAUACAACCGCGAAGAUGGAUCAGGUCAACUUCGAUAUAAAUGAGGCGCUCAAGCACUAUAUGAGUGAUCCUGCAGCCAUCGCCACACCGGAAGCAGAUAGUGCUUUAGUCGACUGCGAAACCGACCCCGAAUCUCUAUCCAACGUUUCUCUCCUCAACCCGAUAUUAAAUCCUAUUAUUGAUGCUGUUGCUGGAAACCCCGAUGCCAUCAUGCGCAGCUCGUAUUUCGAUUCGCUGCAAUUCCUUCUUAAAUAUACGCAGUUCCUGCCCACACAUGCCCUCAGCAAGAUAUUCGACUUGAUCAUGAGCGGCCUAUCAGCUGAAGCCGAUACCAUCAACCAUGACCUCGAAAAUCCCGAGGAACAAGAGAUGAUUGCCCAUCACAAGUCCCUACUUGAGAUAUACGGCUUUCUCCUCCAAUGGACUAUCGCUUGCGUCGAGACAAAAGCUGCCGAAAAAUCUUCCUCUGCUCCAGUAUCGCGUGCCAGGGGUAAGGGCGCCAAGUCGAAGGCUGCCGCGAGCAAAGAUAAAGAUGGUAGCUGGGAUAGCGUCGCUCAGUUGCAGUCGGCUCUAGACGUCAUGUCCAAGGUUCUUAAAAUGAAGUUGGGCAAGAUCUUCCUGACAACUAGCGAACGUGAUACCUUCAUCGGCCUUCUUACGAGGCCUGUCUACAUGGUCUUGGAGAGCGAACAGAGGGUCAAGAACACUGCCAUAAAAAUGCAUGCCUUCAAAGUCCUCUGUAUCGCCGUGAAACAUCAUGGUCACGGCUACGCGGCGCAAAUCUCCAUCGUCCAGAAUCUAACCUACUUCGAGCAUCUUUCCGAACCGAUGGCCGAGUUCUUACACAUUUUAGCGGAACAAUACGACUACCCACAGUUGGCCGAUGAGAUUCUGAGAGAGAUUAGUAAUAAGGAAUUCAACACCAACGACACGAAGGGCCCCAAAUCAGUCUCAUCCUUCAUUAUUAAGCUUUCAGAACUUGUUCCCCGGCUAGUGAUCAAGCAGAUGACGAUGUUGGCUAAACAGUUGGAUAGCGAGUCGUACACUUUGCGAUGCUCGCUAAUCGAAGUCUGCGGCAACAUGAUUGCUCAUCUCACCACCCAGGAAGAGCGUAGUGAAAACCACAAAUCGCAGCUCAAUGCGUUCUUCGAUGUGUUAGAGGAACGUUUCCUCGACAUCAAUCCUUACUGCCGAUGCAGAGCCAUGCAAGUCUACACAAGACUCUGUGAUCUAGACCAGAAAUUCCCUAAGCGUCGACAGAAAGUAGCUGAGCUAGCUUGUCGAAGUCUCGAGGACAAGAGUAGCCACGUCAGGAGAAACGCCAUAAAACUUCUAGGGACCCUAAUCAAGACGCACCCCUUCACCGUGCUGCACGGAGCCCAAUUGAGUCGCAAGGAUUGGCAAGGAAGACUAGACAAGGUUGAUGCCGAAUUAGAUGCCCUGAAGCCACCAGCAGGAGAGCCAGGUUUAGGAGAAGACAAGGCCAACAGUACGGCGCUAGUCGACGAGCCAACACAAUUAGAAUCGCCUCAGAAGCCCAAGGAGAUGACCGACGAGGAGAAGAUAGCGGCUGUCCAAAAGGCCCAAGAAGAUGCCGCCACAUCGGAAGCUAUCGAGAAGUUGACCCUAACGAAGCGAUACUAUACUGAUGCCCUCAAAUUCAUUGAGGUCCUUCACGACGCUACAUCCACCGUCUGCCAAUUACUCGGGUCCAAGAACAAGUCUGAGGUUAUCGAGGCGAUGGACUACCUAGAGAUUGGUAAUGCAUACAACAUCGAAGAUAAUAUGGUUGGAAUUCGACGAAUGAUGCGUCUCAUCUGGACGAAGGGCAACAGUGAUGAAGGGAAGGGUGUACAAACGCAUCUUAUCGACUGUUAUAGACGACUAUUCUUCGAGGCACCAGAUAGCUUCACCCCCAACGAUGCCGCCAUCUACAUCGCAAGAAACAUGAUCAGUCUUACUUCGGGUACGACACCAGCGGAACUAACAAGUUUAGAACAACUCCUAGCGACCAUGAUGAAAGGUGGCAUGAUUUCCGACCGAGUCGUUACGAAGCUUUGGGAGGUAUACGGCUUCCACAAGAGAGAGAUAUCCCGAUCUCAACGAAGAGGUGCGAUCAUUGUGCUUGGCAUGCUUGCUACGGCCUCACCCGAGAUCGUUGUCGGCGAGAUGGAGACAAUGCUACGAACGGGUCUUGGAUCUCACGGACGAGCCGAUCUUCAGCUGGCCAAGUUUACAUGCAUUGCUUUAAGAAGGCUUAACCCUACCGGCCGACAAGCGAAAGAAUCGACAGUCAAAUUCAGCCGUCUCCCGAACGAACAUGCCGUUCUAGCGAAACUAGCAGCAAUUACCGAGGUGCCUAGCGAUAGCAAGGAGUGGUUUGGAGUGGCCGAGCAGGCAAUCAAUGCUAUCUAUGUCCUCGCCAAACACCCCGACAUAUUGUGUACCGAGAUUAUCAGACGCAGAACGAAGGUCGUAUUUGCGGCACAGCAAAAAUCUCCUUACGCAUCGCGUCCGGGGUCGCGCGAUUUCGACCCAACCGCUACCGUUGCGGUCGACCAAGGAAUGACACAGGGGAUUACCAUGAAUCUCGACGCUCCCACUCAGACAAUCAACCAACUAACGCCGGAACCACCAGCCGAACCCAAACAAAAGGCCGCGAUUGCGCUCUCCCAGCUUCUCUUCAUCGUUGGCCAUGUAGCUAUCAAGCAGAUCGUCCAUCUCGAAUUAUGCGAACUCGACUUCAAGCGCCGGAAGCAAGAGAAAGAGAAGGAGGCCGCUGCUAAACCCGCCGAGCCCAGACCUUCCGUAGGUCGUAAGAGCAAGACACCGGCUCCAGCUGCAGAGGAUCCAGGCGACGAACUCGAUUUAAUUGGUGGUACAACCGAAGACGAUUUCACAGAGGCCAUGGCUCAUAUUCGUGAACAAGAACUCUUGUUUGGACCACAAUCGCUACUGGGUAAUUAUGGACCUAUGGUAGCCGAGAUCUGCUCGCGCAGCGAUAUUUAUAAGGACAAGAGCCUACAAGCAGCCGCGACAUUGUGCUUAGCGAAACUCAUGUGUGUUAGCAGCGAGUACUGCGAGGCUCACCUACCGCUACUCAUCACUAUCAUGGAGCGAUCUCCCGACGCGACAGUGCGAUCCAAUGUCGUCAUCGCUCUCGGCGACAUGGCUGUCUGCUUCAACCACCUCAUCGACGAGAAUACCGACUUCCUAUACCGCCGACUCGCAGACAGAGAUCUUUCCGUCAAGCGAACGUGUCUCAUGACGCUGACGUUCUUGAUCUUGGCUGGUCAGGUCAAGGUCAAGGGACAGUUAGGCGAGAUGGCGAAGUGUCUCGAGGACGAGGACAAGCGAAUCGCGGAUCUGGCACGCAUGUUCUUCACGGAGCUGAGUACCAAGGAUAAUGCGGUAUACAACCAUUUCGUGGAUAUGUUCAGCUUGUUAUCGGCGGAUCAGAGGAUGGAAGAGGAGUCAUUCAAGAGGAUCGUUAGGUUCCUGUUGGGUUUCGUUGAGAAGGACAAGCACGCUAAACAGCUCGCCGAGAAACUGGCCGCUCGUCUUCCCCGCUGCGAGUCCGAACGCCAAUGGAACGACGUCGCGUAUGCCCUGGGUCUGCUCCAGCACAAGAACGAAGAAAUAACCAAGGUCGUGAGCGAGGGGUUCAAGGUUAUACAUGCUGCUGCUUAGACUGGAUGGCGAUGGUGGCUCUUAUGAUAUUUGUCUACAGUACUGACCGGUUUAAGCAACAUCCGUAUGAAUAAUACGGUUUGGUUGGGAUGAUGACGAUGGAAGGAGUACGGCGUUGCUGGUCAAGAUCAAAUAAGUUGAGCGGCUACGUGAGAUGUACUGUUUUGAAUGAAAUGAAAUGAAUGAUGAUUGUUCAAUGAGAUGAUGGAUGGUAAUUGUUCUGUACUAUGUUGGAUCGAUAUUUCUUUCGACCUUGUAAUGUGAAUUUCAAGUUUAUAUCUGCC